AUGGUUGACACACUCCUAGCCUCUGUUAGAGCUUAUGAGAAAGCGACUCCGGGCAUCUUUGGACCUCGCGAGGGUCUCUCUCAUGUUUAUGUUAUGACUGAUGUAUCUGCAACUAGCGGGAUGACCAUUGGCCCAGCCAUGGCUGGAUUUCGAGACAAGUUUGGCUACACUUCCAUGAAUUGGGUUUUCGAUGACUCCCGAGAUGACUCCCGAGAUGACCAUCAAGAUGACCACCCACCCACCAAGAUGACCACCAAGAUGACCACCCAGAUGACAAGGGAUGCGGCUCCUGACCAUGUGAUGGCCGGGAGCCCGGCAUAG